UCCCACUCCCUGCGCUCAUUGUGCAGUAACCAGGUGCUGUGUGCAGUGAAGAUGUGAAGGGUAACAGACUCCUCUAGGUACCAGCAGCAGCAACAAGCUGACUAGAAAUCAUGCGCUACCAACCUGGCAGGGCUGUAACUGGUAGCCUCAUUGAGGGAACACCUGGAUAUCUAUUUUGCCUUCCUGAACACGAGCUACUGAAAACCUCAGUGCAUGGCAGUUUGCUUCUCCCAUUGACUCCUGCCAAGCUGGACACCUCUGCAUCCUGUGAGGAGGCAGCCAGAACCGCACCUGCAUACCCAAGUGACCUUAACCCACCUGCGGGAAAUCCAAACACUCAGAACCAUGAGGCACCCACAACAGCAUCAAUCAGCAACACCAACAAUAAAGAUGCCUGUACCAUCACAGACUUGUGCACAAGCAGAGAUGUCCCUGAACUGGAGAUUAUCAGCUUGCUGCAGGAGCGACUGCCACAUUAUACCCUGCGUGCCGAUACUCUCUUUGGUUAUGAUCAUGAUGACUGGCUGCAUACCCCCCUCCUGCCCCAGGAUCUUCCUUUCCAGCUCACCCCUGAACAGAUAGAGGAGACUCUCAAGUAUUUCCUUCUAUGUUCCGAGCGGGUGGGAAGAGUGACCAAGACUUACCGGGACAUAGAUGCGGUGACCAGCCUUCUGGAAGAGAAAGAGCGGGAUCUUGAGUUGGCAGCUCGUAUUGGGCAGUCUCUGCUGAAGCAGAACCGUGAGCUGACGCAGAGGAAUGAGUUUCUGGAGGAACAACAUGAAGCUUCUAAAGAGGAGAUCUGCCAGCUUCGCCAUGAAGUUUCAAUGCGGGAGGACCUGCUGCACCUGUAUACCAACACCACGGAGAGCGAGCAUGUGUCUGCGACUGCCACCCCGCUGCGCAGGAACCAGUCAUCCUUAAGCCUCCAGCACAACAUUCAGUUGGACACUCUACAGCAGAAGCUCAAGUCUCUGGAAGAUGAGAACCAGAAGAUGAGACAUGAGGCCAACGAUCUUCUCAAUGAGACCAGUCAGUACGAAGACCAAGAAGGGUCGCUGAUGUUGGACUGUGUGGAGCAAUUCUCUGAGGCUAGCAGACAGGCGGUUCUGUUGGCGGAAGAGCUCGCACGGAAAGGAGAAGACGCAGCAAGACAGCAGGAGGAGAUAAGCCAGCUCCUUGCUCAGAUUGUGCAUCUGCAACAGAAGUGUCGCAGUUGUACAGCAGAGAAUGAUGAACUUCAGCAACAUCUGGCUGCUGCCAAAGAACGGGAGCAAAAAAUUAAGACUGAGCUUGAAGACUUACAGGAGAAACACAGGGAGUGUCAGGAUAUGUUGCACGAGGCACAGGAGGAACUCAAGAACAUGCGUAACCGGAGCCUUCCCAACAGCACCAUAAGCAGAUACAGCACCCUUAAUAUCUUCCCCUUGGAUUCAUUGGCUGCUGAGAUUGAAGGGACCAUGAGAAAAGGGAUAGAUCCUGUUGCAUCUUCAGAACUUAAGAGCUACAAGCGUGUGUUUGAGACCGUGAAAGCAGCAAACCAAGUGGGUGAGGCCAGGUCUCGUUGCCCAUCUCCUCAGAACAUUCCUGGAUCACGAGGUCCCUCCCAGAGACCAUCUGCUGCCCCCAGCCGUAUGGGCACUCCACCAUUGAGCUUUUGUGAGGCUGAGGACACCAGCAUGGUAUUGCCUGAGGAAAGUACUUUGUUACCUGAGUCAGAAGGCGAGAAUUCAAUUGUUGGAGAGAAGAAGUUAGGGACUCCAGGCACGCCAGGUGGUCAAGACCUUGCUGCAGCUCUUCAGAGGCUCAGCUCCCAGCAAGACUCUCAUUCCCCUGACAGCUUGUUUGAGGAGAGACAACUCAACUUCAUCAGAGAUGAGGGAGACCUCAGUGGAUGCCUCACUCCUAUGAGAGUGGUUGUCAACGGGAACCAUUACUCUGGUAUCUCUAGGUGUCAGCGUAGUUCCAGCUUGGCAUUAUUGGGUCACGUCCGACUGUGCCAGAGAAGUGCAGAAUAGUCCAAACCUCUGGAUGGUUCAGCCACUCUCCUGCACUGGCAGCAGCUAGCAAAGCCCAACCUUGGGGGAAUUCUAGACCCCCGGCCAGGCGUUCUCACCAAAGACUUCCAGGAACUAGAUAUUGACUUGGAAGAUGUUUACAACCUCAAUGACUUCGAGGAGGAUGAAGUAGACCCUGUUUCCUUUCAAGCUUUGGCCACAUCCACUCCAACCAAAAGUAGAGCUAAACAUAACAUGUUCAGUUCAGUUAACAACCUCCCCCAGACCCCGUCUACGUACACCAUAACCACAUGUCGCAUGUCGCACCCUCUCCAAGACAUUACAAUGGUCACUUCCAGUCUUCAUAAUACAGUUCUUCCCUCUUGUGGAAGCUUCGAGAGCCUGAGCUCAGUUAGCCUGGAACCCCAGCGACAGCCUCGUGAGACCCUGGUCCCUUCAAACCAUGACCAACCUAACUCCGGACGCAACACUCCAUUUAGUCUAGUCAGCUUAUUGAAGGAACAUGGAAUAUCUGCCACUACAGGCACCAAUGACAAAAACUCUACAGAUGAGGAUAAGAGUGAGUUAAAGACAUCAAUUCCAAAUGCCAGGCCACCUCUUUUUUCCUUUGGUUGGGGCAGAACUUUUAUGAACUUGGGUUUUGGCAAGGCCAUAGUAGACAGUGCUCCUGUGAAAGAGAGCUCAGACCCUGUUCACAGCCAGAGGAGCAUCUUCAGCCUUAACCUGGUAGAACAACUGAGGCGGCUUGGUCUGCAGCGGGUGGUAGAAAGAGGUGUAGUCUCCUUUCAAAACACUACACAAACCAAAAAACCUCAAAGCUAACUUCAGGCACAUGCCGACUGGACAGCUUAGCCAGCAAGAGAUUUGGAAUUUGAUCUGAACUCAAGAGAGGAUAUAAUAUUGCACUGCAUGUACAUUUCUGUGUCCAAGACAGACCAACUAAUCCCUGAAUUCAAAGCCUCAUGCUCCUUUAAUUUAGGUUGACUUGAUCAUAGAUGACAGUAAACAUGAGAACUCCUUUGGAGGGCAGCAAAUGAUUAGGCAGCAUAGAUUUUUCAAUCACAAAAUAUAAGUUACAAGAUAAGCAAAUGGCUCCACAAACCGUGGAGAAGUUAUGUGUACAUUUUGAUCUGUGGCAGCUAUGGUAGGCUAAACCACUUGCUAAAAUAUGGUAAAAAUGAUCUAUCCAUAAUGUUUUUUAAGGGCAGCCAGUUACCUGCUACAGAGACAAAGGUCUCUGGUAAUGACCUUUCUAAAGCAUUUGCUUACAGAUUUGUUUACCAUCCUAUCUGUAUAGAACUACAGAAAAAAAAGUUGUGUUUGGCUGAAAUUUAUUUUAUAUCGAUUUUAUAUCCCUCACUCUGCUGGCAGAGGCCUGGGAAUAUGUGCAAAAAUAGUUUUAGAACGGAUAUGUAAAUCCAUCCCUGCCUCGGUUUCAUUUUGCUGUGAGUGAUGUUUGUAGUCAUUAUUAACAAAAUAUGUAAGGGAUUGAACUUAAACCAAUCAAUUCAAACACUGCUGUCCUGGUUCCAAACAAAAACAAACGAGACGCACAAGUAACGUUUUAACACAUGGCUCUAUUUAUGUCCUUUUACCCAAGCUCUGAAACCAUAGAAUAUAAUUCUAUUUUGAUCCACGAAUAUGCACUGUUAUACACAUACAUAUAUACAUACGAAUAUAAGUAUGUAUGUUUGUGUGUGCGCGUUUAUAUGCAUAUAUAUGUAUAACUGUAUUUUUUUAAAAUAUAUUUUUAUAAGUCUAUUUUCCCAUUGCAUUGAAAGUGUAGUGUGCUUAUUCUUUAGCACCAAGUUAUCAGUUUAGCUUAUCAUAUGCCACAUAUAUACCCCCUUACUGAUUACAGAAGGUUAUUGGGAGGGUGUAUGCACUGUGUUCUGCUCCCCAAUGAGAGUCUCUAUGGUGAUGUCCUGGCGCAGCAAAUGAGACAGAGAAAAUAUAUGUUGUAAAUAUAUAUUAAAAAAACAAUAAAUCUGUGUUCUUGA